CUCUACGCAUGCGUCAUCCAAGCUCUUUCAGUCGCUGUGUUUGGAGGUGUAGUACACGAAGAUGAAGAUGCUGCUGUUGCUUGCGGUUGUGGCUCUGUUCACCCUGGGUUCAGGAGAGGAAGGGGCCCGUCUGCUGGCCUCCAAAUCUCUGCUGAACCGCUACGCCGUGGAGGGCCGUGAUCUCACCCUGCAGUACAACAUCUACAAUGUGGGCUCCAGUGCUGCUCUGGAGGUGGAGCUUUCAGACGAUUCCUUCCCCCCAGAAGACUUUGGAAUUGUUUCAGGAAUGUUGAACGUCAAAUGGGACAGGAUCGCACCAGCCAGCAAUGUCUCUCACACAGUGGUGCUGCGCCCACUCAAAGCUGGAUACUUCAAUUUCACCUCUGCAUCUGUCAGCUACCUGGCCCAGGAGGGAGGACAAGUCGUGGUUGGCUUCACCAGUGCCCCAGGACAGGGAGGCAUCCUGGCUCAGAGGGAGUUUGACCGCCGCUUCUCUCCCCAUUAUCUGGACUGGGCUGCUUUUGGUGUGAUGACUCUUCCCUCCAUCGGCAUUCCUCUGCUCCUCUGGUACUCCAGCAAAAGGAAAUAUGAUUCACCAAAGGCCAAGAAGAACUGAGAAGAUGCUGGGAUGGGUUGGGUAUUGAAGGGUGGGGUGGGGUGGGGUGGUUAGGGGAUGGAAAUCCAAGUUUUGGGCACAGGAAUCACAGAAGUCUCAGAAUAACUUAAUAACCCAUAUUGGGGUGAAAGGUGAACAAAACAGUACAGUGACCAAGAAACACGACUGUGACGUGAUGUGAGAAGACGAAGAGAGAGCUUCAGAUCAGGAAGAAGAAGAACAACAACAGUUGCAGUUGAGGUGAAAGGCUUCACUCAUGACAUGAGCUUCACCAGCUGCUGCUCAUUCCUUCAUGUUAGUAAGAUGGGCUUCAUGUGACAGAACAGUUUAACUACCAGGUAAUGAUGUUAACAGGUUUUUGCAGUUUUGUCAUUGUGCUAAAUAAAUCAAUAAAAACAAA